CAACACAACACCACAGCAGCCCCGGACACACACCGUGUUACACUAUCAGAGUCCCGUCAUUUGGAUAAUAUCAGAAUCUCUGCUCGGGGGACGUUUUUGUAUUUACAGCUGCGUCGUUGAAAGCAAGCGGUCCACACUGUGCUCAGGAGCACACUCAUGCCAGACGAGGCAGGACGGGGAGUAAAAACACUUUAACUGGGACAGCGUGGAGGAGGCGAGUGUCACGUUCAGCUGGUGGAGCAAGGACCAAAAACUCAGGGAUAUGUCCAGCCACACUGGAAGAGGUCAUGGGGGUCUUAACCAACUAGGUGGAAUGUUUGUUAAUGGACGCCCGCUUCCGGAGGUGAUCCGGCAACGCAUUGUGGACAUGGCCCACCAGGGGGUUCGGCCCUGUGACAUCUCCCGGCAGCUCCGAGUCAGCCACGGCUGCGUCAGCAAGAUCCUGGGACGUUACUACGAGACAGGCAGCAUCAAGCCAGGCGUGAUCGGUGGCUCCAAGCCCAAGGUGGCCACCCCGAAGGUUGUGGAUAAAAUCGCAGAGUACAAAAGGCAAAAUCCCACCAUGUUCGCCUGGGAGAUCAGGGACAGGCUGCUGGCUGAGGGAGUGUGUGACAGCGACACGGUGCCCAGCGUGAGCUCCAUUAAUAGAAUAAUAAGAACGAAGGUCCAGCAGCCGUUCAAUCUGCCUCUGGAUGGAAAAGGCCUGAGUCCAGGACAGACCUUAAUCCCCAGUUCGGCAGUCACUCCUCCUGAGUCUCCACAGUCAGACUCUCUGGGCUCCACCUACUCCAUCAGUGGUUUGUUGGGUAUCCCCCAACCCAGCGCCGAGGGCAAGAGGAGCCACGAUGACAGUGAUCAGGAGAGUUGUCGGCACAGUGUGGACUCUCAGGGCAGUGGAGGGGUCCCGAGGAAACAGAUGAGACUGGAUCACUUCUCCGCAGCCACGCAACAUCUGGACUGUGGGUUCGACCGUCACCACUAUCCCCCGGACUCAUUCGGCUCGGCCUCCAGCAGCAAGACAGAGCAGACUUUGUACCCGCUGUCCCUCAUCAAUGGCAGCCUAGACGAGGCCAAGACCAGCCUCUCAACAUCCAGCUCCGCCAUUGGACGCAACCUGGCAGCGCACCAGAGCUACACCAUGGUGACUGAGCCCCUACAGUCCCUGCCGCUCUGUCUAAAACAGGAAAUGUCCCCAGAAGUGACCAGCACAAGCCCCUCCCCAAACAUGGCAGCGUCCAACCUGGCAUUUGUGGAGCUGCAGGCGCUGCAGAAGCCCAUUUCAGUCAGCAGCAGCUGCAGCAACUCCAACCAUUUCCCAAACGCCUUCAACUCAUUCUCCCAUCAUGCACCAGUGUACGGGCAGUUCAGCAGUCAGUCUAUCAUCUCAGGGCGUGACAUGGUAAGCUCCACCCUGCCAGGCUACCCACCUCACAUCCCCUCCCCUGCCCAGUCAGGAUACUCCUCUUCUGCCAUCACAGGCAUGGUAGCAGCAGGUGCAGACUACUCGGGUCAGACCUACAGCCAUUCGCCCUACACCUCCUACAGUGAAGCCUGGAGGUUCACCAACUCCAGCAUACUGGGCUCACCCUAUUACUACAGCUCGGCCUCCCGCACCGCUCCACCGUCUGCAGCCUACGACCACCUCUAGUCCCUGCUGCAUGAGAACUUCACAUCAGCUGACACAUCUGAUCACGGACCAAGGCACAAAAGUCAAAAACCUGGAUGUGAACUUGAGACUCUGCUGAUGAACCAGCAACACAUUUGUUUAUACAUCCUACCGCACCCACUCAUAUGUUAUUUAUUUUGUCAUUACUGAUACCAUCGCCCAGGGUAACUCAUGCACAUUAACACCUUGCUCCUCCCAGAGGCCUGUUUCCAGAGGCCCCGGCCGGACAUCUCACAUCGAGGUGCAUAUCUUCAGUAUCCGAAGCUCUUCAACGCUGUUUUUGGCCAAAGACUUUCUUUCUCGCACAUCUGCAACUUGACCGCACUGACCCAGUGACUUACAGAUAUGCAACUCCUUUAUACUGAACUAUGCCUGCUUUUGUUUACAAAAAAUGCUUUUUUGUCCUGUCAUGUCACAAAUUAAUUCCUUUUUCCUGAACCCUGUGUCUGCUUGCAAAUUCAUCCCGUGACUUUGUUUUCACUGUAAAUUCUGAUUUUAAGAGCUUUUUCUGUAGUGAAAAUAGACUAAAAAGGUGACACAUUCAAUCACAAUUACAACAAAAUGCCCACAUAUGCCCCUCGAAGACAAUUAAUGUAUUUGUCUAGCAAUAUGUACAUAUUGUAAAUGAUGGAUUACUUAUGGGGAAGUGAUGCAAUUUUACUCAGAGAAUGACUGAUGAGGGAGGGGGAUGACGGUGAUUUGGCUACUAAAACCAACAAGGCUUGAAAUACAUUUGUUUUGCGUCAAAUAAAUUUAGUUUGUUGUCAUGCUGAUGUUCUGAUGUUUGGUAAGAACUGUGACUAUUUUUUCUUAUACUGUUAUUAAUAUUAUUGCAGAUGUAAAUAAUGAAUUUCUAAAGAAUUAUUUUAAUUAAAGCAUGACAAAUUUA